AUGGCUAACGCAAGAAGAUUGGUCGCCAAGGCAAACAAUGCAAAUGUAGGCUCGUUGAUUCUAAUGGCCUUGGUGUUUGGUUCUUGCGUGGCUAAUGGUGAAUAUCUCGGCGGCCGCCGUGGCCUCGCCGCUAAUUCCGGCAACCCUACUGUCUUUGAUAUUACUAAGUUUGGAGCCAAAGGAGAUGGUUCCACCAAUUCCUUCAAGGCGUUUUUGAACACAUGGAUCCAAGUGUGUGACAGUCCUGUACCAGCAACGCUACUGGUUCCUAAGGGUGAAUUCUUGGCUGGUCCAGUUAUUUUCGCUGGUCCAUGCAAGAGCAAAAUUACCGUCGAAGUCCAAGGCACAAUCAUCGCUACAACGAGCGGAUACGCAACUCCUGAAUGGUUCUUAUUCGAGCGUGUCGACGAUGUCCUCCUCACCGGAACCGGUACAUUCCACGGUAAAGGUGAAGAUGUCUGGAAAGAAGACGGUUGUGGCAAAAAGGUCCAAUGCAAUCUUCCUCCAACGUCUCUCAAAUUCAGGAACAUGAAAAAUGUUGAAAUUACCGGAAUCAGUUCCGUGAACGCAAAGGCCUUCCACAUGUUCUUAGUGAAAACCGAUAAUGUCAACAUCCACAACAUUAAGCUUAUCGCACCUGCGGAAAGUCCCAACACCGAUGGUAUCCAUCUUAGCAAUGCUGACAACGUUAGCAUCCUGGACAGUACAAUAGCAACCGGAGACGAUUGUGUCUCGGUCGGUCGUGGUUCCAACAACGUAACCGUCGAACGAGUGAUUUGUGGUCCAGGACACGGUCUAAGUGUCGGUAGUCUUGGUAAGUACAAGAACGAGGAAGAUGUUAGUGGAAUUCACGUAAAGAACUGCACCAUGAUCGAGACCGACAAUGGUCUUAGAAUCAAGACAUGGGGUGGUUCAGGUCCAAGCAAAGCUACUGACAUUCAUUUCGAAGAUAUCAUCAUGCAAAACGUCAAGAACCCAAUCAUCAUUGACCAAAACUACGGUUCAAGAGGCGGAGAUUCACAAGUGGCGAUUAGCGAUGUGUUGUUCAAGAACGUGAGGGGAACAACAAUUUCAAAAGACGUUGUUCAGAUCAUGUGUAGCAAAUCACUACCAUGCAAAGGAGUGAAUGUCGUUAACGUGAACUUGAACUUCGUAGGAAAAUCCGGAGGAAAGUCGGCGUCGGGAAGCGGUGACGGUUUGGUCGGAGCACUUUGCGACAACGCCAAUGUUAUAUUUGGUGGAAAACUUAGCUUUCCAAUGUGCAACAAAUAA